GACCGACAUCUCUUUGCAUUGUCACUAGGGCUCAAGGCACAGUGCGCAAGGGAUUUAUUUAUACGGUUCAUUUGCCACGAACAGGACUCCAAGCCUCCUCCCUUACCCAAAAUCAUUGCAGACAAAAUCGCAGAAAGAUAGCUGCCCCAUCUCACCAGGUGUAACCAGGAGGUUUUCCUCAUCUGUCCUCUGAUUCCUACCAUUGUGUUCAGAAGUGGUUAAAUCCACCAGCAACUCAACAAUUGUCAUGGCAGACAGUCGGCAGCCCGAGGACAACAGCUCCUCUCACUGGGCCCCUCCCACUAACGGAGCCCAGGACCAGUCAGCUGCCCUCGCUGGCCACGGAGAGAACGGCAUCUCCUCUUACAGAGAGAACGGCUAUCACGGAGGACACGCUGCCACAGCAGAGCAAGUGUCAGCCCGUAUAGUUGAGAAGGUGACAGCAGAGGCGGUGGCAGUGCUCAAGCAGGAGCAGGACAAGCAGGACUCUACUAGGAGACUGUCCUCAGUGGAGGACUCUGCCAACCUGCCACCCUCCCCUCCCCCCUCUCCGUCGGCAGAGCAGAUCGGACCCAUGGAGCAAAAGGAGAGACUAGAGGUUGUCCCUACUCCCCCUGAGGAGGAGGAGGAGGAGGUGGAGGUGGAGUUUACCAAAGUCUCAGCAGCUCCUGAGGAGGAGCACCCAGGUCAACAGGGGGAGGAUUCUGAUCAGCAGCCCACAGACAUGUUCUUAGAGCACGUUGAUAUUGUAAGCGAGCCCCAGGCUUUGCCCUGUCCUCAGGCCGAGACUCAUAAAUUCCUCAACGGGGGAGGAAUCCAUCAGGCUGAGUUGGAUAAACCAUCAGAGGAAGACCUGCCGGUGAACCCAGAGAAGCCUCGUUCCGACAAUCCUGACAUGGCAGAGGAGCAUCCACAGGGGGCACCCCCUCCGCAGAGCCCGGUGGCCCCCACCAUAGAGAGAGAAACACCUGAGGGAGCAGAGAGCACUGUGUCCAUAGCUGAGUUCUCCACUGGUUCCCCCAAAAACAAAUCUCUAACUGAUCCUACCCCCACAGAACCCGAGAAAACGGUUCAGCCUUUAGUGGAACCAGAAAAGGGGCAAGGAACUGGAAGUACCACUAGUGUGGUUCCUAAGAUAGAAUACCUUCCGGAGCCCAAGACCACCGCUGAGAAACAGCCCUCGGUUGAAGAGCUCGACUCAGUUCCUCUUUCAGUUGUAUAUGAGCCCCUGAAAGAUUACAUUGAGGAAGAGGAGGAAAAUUAUGGUUAUGGUACACCCAGUAAGUCAGCAAACCUUGAGAGCGUUCGUGAGGAGAAAGAGAUCAUGUCAGAGAAAACUGAGAAAAGAAUGCUGAGUUUAGGACAAUCGACCGCCAGACCAUUGUCAUUUGAGACUGAGAAGAUUGAGGAGACUCCUCAAACUAAUGUCAGUGAUGGAGAAAACCCAAAGCAGGAGGCACACAUAUCUGCUGCAGAUAGUCUAAAAGACAAGCAGAGUUCGGAAGAUAAGUCUGGAGUUGCUUCAAAAGAUGAGUCAGGUAUGACGGCCUACUUUGAGACCUCUACACAAAGGGAUACUGAUACUGAAAAACCAGGAGAACGUGGUGAGGGUUACUAUGAGCUCAGUGCUGUCAGCCAGAAGAAGCCCUCAGAGGAGAUUCUGGAGGCCGAUUCAAACAUUAAAAUAAGCGAUUCAGCACCAGAACAGACAAUAUCCAGCAUAACGUUGAUCAGUGACAGUGCCAUGGACAAGCUAGAGGAUCUCCCUAAAAGGAAGGAUGUGUGUACUAGACUGUCACCUGGCAAAUUGUCAUUGGAACACAGAAGUCUUUCUCUGAAUUUUGCUAUUGGCUCAAUGGGUCAAGCAGGAGAGCAAAACCAGUCGAAGCUCUCAUCUCUUACAGAGGUCUCUUCCGGAAGCCUGGAUGAAACCACAGGCUACCUUCCUCUAACCACCCCAUUAGUAACAUUAGAGAGACAGCUACUUCCUGUGACUCCAGAGAUAGCUCUCCCAGUUCCUACCACUGAAACCUCCACUGAUCUACCUGAAGACACCACCUCUAAGACAAUGUGUUCUCCUGAGUUGUCACUCUCACCCAUGAAGCAACACUACACCCAUUUAAAUGACCCAUCCAACGACCUUCCUGAGAUGCUGGACCUAGCCGGUGUUAAGCCCAAACCCACCCUGGAGAAGAGGGAGCUGGACCAGCAUAAUAGAAGGAGGUCUGUCCCUGCCUGUCCAUCUGCUGCUCUGGUGGGCAGUUCUCUGGCCAAGCUGGUGCUGGGGAACCAGCAGACGCCCAGGGUGGUGGGUGGAGAGGAGAGCCAGCAGGAGGAGCGUGGUUACUGCGUGUUUAGUGAGUACUCUGGUCCCAUGCCCUCGCCUGCCGAUCUGCACAGCCCAGUGGGCUCCCCACACCAACGGUUCCCCACAGUGACUGAAGGGGACAGUGACGAGGAACUGGGAGCCAUUGCGGAAGAGGGUGAGCAAAAGCUGGCACCGCAAAAAACAAACCAGGCAGAGGAAUCGGUUGGAGGAACGGUUAAGCCAACUUUGGUGCUUGAAAGAGCUGUCACGGCAGGUGUCAAACCGGAUCGUCUGAGGAUCCCUGUGGCUCCAUCCAAAGACAAACUGACAGAGUUCCGGCUGGAGAGCGGUCUUCCCGGGGACAUCAAAACCCAAGCCAUUCCUGAGGUAGAGUUGGAGCAGGACCUCUCCAGAGAAGCGUCCCCCAUCCCACCAGACUUCGCAUUUACUUUUGGCACUGAGGUGAAGGACACCAAGCUUUUUGCGACCCCUGAGUCUCCAGCAGAAAAGACUGCCACUGUGGAGGGAACUAAAGUUGAGGAAGUCACAGCGGAAGUCAAAGUAAAGGUGGCGUCAGCAAGGAUUGGGAAGAGUCAGAAGACUGGUCUUAAAAAGCCAGAGAUGGAGAAAGUGGAGGAGACCUCAGACCCAGACCAUCAGAAUGCUGUUGAAGACUUACAGCCAAAGGAUGUUCGAGGACUGGAGAGAGAAAAGAAAAAGGAACCCAUGACAUCAUCACCCGAAUCAUUAGUGGAGAUCAUCAAUGCGCAGGAGAAGAAGCAUGAAAGUGAACCAGAAGUGUCAACAGUACCAGCGGAGGCUGUCGUUCCAAAAGAAGAGGCCAAGACCAAAGCUGAAGAAACAUCACCAACACCCUCUAACGUGAGCACUGCAGAUGUGGAGGAAGCCACAGAGCAACUAGAAGAGAAAAGUCCAGAGAAAAGUGUUUCUGGAAGUUCUCCAGUUAUAGUCAUACCUCAGGCACAAGUUGAGGAAGAGGAGGAGGAAGACGAUAUAGAAGUAGCUGAGGAAGUCUUGGAGGAAGUUGAAGGCCCUCCUGUGAUCCUCAAGGAGAAAGAGCAAGAGAGUCACCCUAUGGAGAAGCAGGAGGAGGUGGCAGAAGAGGUGAGGGUGGUGGGUGGGGCGGAGGAGGUGAUUGUUAAAAAUCCUAAAGAUUUGGAGUCUGCUGUUGCUGGGGAUGACGAAUCAUGUGAUGCUACUGCCCCAACCAUUGAUGAAGGGGAUUAUGCCGAUCGCAUCUCUCAUCUAUCUGCCUGCUCUGGAAACGACCAGCCACAAACCCUCGAUGGAAAGGAGGCAGAGAAAGAGAAGAAUAAAGUGGAGGAUAAAGAAGGGGUGGUGCUGCAGGAAGAGGAGGAGUCUGCUGAAGUGGGGCAGGAAGUUGAGGUGAAGGCUUCCAGUCGCGAGGAGACGGAGACCUCAGACGUACUGCGGAGCCAGACCAGCGAGACCACCGCUCUCGACGAGACCACCAUGGACGUCUCCAUGUUAGACAGCGAGAGCGGCUGGGUGGACUCACAAGAUGAUGACAGAAGCGUAAUGACAGAGCAGAUUGAAGCUCUGCCCAAAACACAGAGUCCUGUCAAGACUCCCCUGGUAGAGAGACCCUCUAAUAAACGUCCCCCCGGCAGAGGACAGGGGCGCGCCUCCACCCCCGAGCGCAAACUCAACCGCAGAGAGCCCGUCAGUCGUCGUCCAAAGGAGGAAGAGAAGAAGAAAAAAGCGGGGAUGAAGAGAACUGAACAGUGUAAGGUAUCAGUCCUCCAGUGUCGCUCUCCCACUCGGAGGAUUGUAGUCAAAGCUGCUACGUUCAGACAAGCUAGACCUGCUUCGCACCACGGCUCUGCUAGACGCAAGCCACCAGCCGUGGAGGACCAGCAGCCUCUUAAUGUGACCCACCAAUCCCGGGAAAGGACCUCUAGCCUCACACGCACCGCCUUAAAAAACCAUCGACUGAACAGGGGUGUAGAGGAUCUGUCCCCCAGGCCCAACUCUGCAUGCUCCCACACUAAACCCAAACCACUAGUGGAGGCGGAGUUAUGCGGGCCACGCCCCUCCUCCGCAUGCUCAGGCAGAAACUCCCCCUCACCCUCACUGCAGAGGCGGGGGCGGAGGGAAGAGAAGGAGGGUACCUACCGGACUCCAGAAAAGAGGUCCUCUCUGCCCAGGCCUGCCUCCUCCCUGCCCCGCCGUGCCCCCCCAGCAGAGCACGACAACACCAGCCCUGCCCCCCGCAGGCCCACCUCAAUUCAAACUGAGCCCAGAGGGGAGCACAGGUCUGGGAGGUCCCCUAGUAUCGCAGUCGGCACAAACUCGUCGGCCCGUUCCCGUUCGGCCCGGAGCGGAGCCUCCACGCCCCACACCCCCGGCUCCACAGCAGUCACCCCAGGAACACCACCCAGCUACUCCUGCCGCACCCCUGGGAGUCGCACCCCCGGCAGCCACACACCCAAGUCUCUCAGCCUCCUCACUCAGGAGAAGAAGUUUGCUGUGAUCCGCACACCGCCCAAGUCGCCCUCUACCACACCCAAGCAGCUGCGCGUCCUCAACCAGCCCCUGCCUGACCUGAAGAACAUCAAGUCCAAGAUCGGCUCCACAGACAACAUGAAGUACCAGCCCAAAGGUGGACAGGUCUUCAUUCCAAGUGUUAAACUGGACUUUAGCCAUGUCCAAUCUAAGUGUGGCUCCCUGGACAAAAUCCAGUACGCGCCCACCGGGGGAAACGUCCACAUUACCACCAAGAAGAUAGACCUGAGCCACAUCACCUCCAAAUGUGGAUCAAUGUCCAACAUCCGUCACCGACCAGGGGGUGGUAACGUGCGUAUUGAGAGUGUGAAGCUGGACUUCAAGGACAAGGCCGAGGCCAAAGUGGGCUCACUGGCCAACGCCAGUCACACCCCCGGGGGAGGACAAAUCAUGAUCGAGAGCCACAAGCUGACGUUCCGUGACACGGCCAAGGCUCGCGUGGACCACGGGGCAGACGUUAUCACCCUGUCCCCAGGUGGCACCGGGGGUACAUCCCCCCACCGUCUCAGCAACGUGUCAUCCACAGGCAGCCUCAACCUCCUGGACUGCCCCCAGCUGUCCACACUGGCCCAGGAUGUCACCAUGGCCCUGGCCAAGCAAGGCUUAUGAG